AUGGCGACUCAAACAGAAGUCAUAACGCCGACUGCCUCUCGCGCGGCGCCCCCAAAUGUGCGUCGCCGCUCCUCCUCCCACUCGGCACCGAAGAAGCCAUGGCAGCAGGCUCGUCGUCCUUCCUUCGCCUCGAGUCAUUCCAGACCGGACCCGGAGGAGGUGCAGCGGCUCUCCGAGCACAUCUCGCGCCAGGAGACUCGCUCCUCCAACCGCCGCGUCCGCAAGUGGUACAAGAUACGUUGGUUCAAGGGCAUCACAGAUGAUAUCAAGAGAAGAGCUCCGUAUUACUGGAGCGACUGGAAAGACGCGUGGGACUAUAGAGUCAUCCCCGCGACAGUAUAUAUGUACUUUGCAAAUAUCCUCCCGGCGUUGGCAUUCUCUCUCGACAUGUUCACCAAAACGCACAACUCGUUCGGCGUCAACGAGGUCCUCCUCUCCUCCGUGCUGGCUUGUGGAGUAUUUUCCCUCUUCGCCUGCCAGCCGCUGGUCAUCGUCGGAGUUACGGGACCCAUCACCGUCUUCUCCUACACGGUCUACGACAUUGUGGUGCCUUCGGGCACCAAUUACUUUUCCUUCAUGGCCUGGAUCGGGAUUUGGUCCUUGAUCAUGCACUGGAUUCUGGCCUUCACCAACAGCUGCAAUGCCCUAACAUACGUGACGCUUUUCACCUGCGACACCUUUGGCUUCUACGUCGCCUUCAUUUACCUACAGAAGGGCAUCCAGGUUUUGACUCGACAGUGGGACUUGGUUGGCGAGGCGAGUGCUUACCUCUCGGUCAUGGUGAGUCUCCUCGUGCUCGGCUUCGCCUAUGGAUGCGGAGUCCUGGGAGAGAGCAAUCUGUUGCAGCGCCACGUGCGGAAGUUCAUCGAGGACUAUGGCACGCCAUUGACGAUCAUUUUCUUCACGGGAUUUGUCCACAUAGGGCACAUGAAGGAUGUGCACGUCGAGACGUUACCGACAAGCAAGGCCUUUGCUCCGACUGCCGACCGCGACUGGUUCGUCCGCUUCUGGGACAUCAGUGUGGGCGAGGUUUUCCUCGCCAUCCCAUUCGCCGUCUUGCUCACCAUUCUGUUUUGGUUCGAUCACAACGUAUCGUCACUCAUCGCGCAAGGAUCUGAAUUCCCUCUGCGCAAGCCGCCCGGGUUCCACUGGGACAUCUUUCUCCUCGGCUGCACCACUGGACUUGCUGGGAUUCUGGGCAUUCCGUUUCCCAACGGCCUGAUCCCUCAGGCGCCCUUCCACACGCAAGCCCUCUGCGUUACGCGCCAAGUCGUUGACGAGAAAGCAAAGGGCCACGUCGUCCGCGUGACAGACCAUGUCGUCGAGCAACGCUUCAGCAACCUCGCGCAAGGCCUGUUGUUCCUCGUCACCAUGAGCGGCCCUCUCCUGGUCGUCCUGCAUUUGAUUCCACAGGGCGUCCUCGCGGGCUUGUUCUUCGUCAUGGGCGUGCAAGCACUCGUUGGGAAUGGAAUCACCAAGAAACUACUCUUCCUUGCGAAGGACAGGGAACUAACCGACGCGACGGAUCCCUUGGCAAGGAUCGAGCGCCGGCGAGCCACCUGGGCGUUUGUCGCGUGCGAACUCAUCGGCUUCGGCGCCACUUUUGCAAUCUCCCAGACAAUCGCGGCCAUUGGAUUUCCCAUCAUCAUUCUCUUGCUCAUCCCCGUGCGGACGUGGUUGAUGCCCAAGUGGUUCCGAGACGAGGAGUUGCGGAUCCUUGAUGCGCCUACCGCUGGUCCUUUCGUCAUGGAGAGCGUGGGUGGCGCGUACGGAGAGAGCGAGGAGACUUCACCCGCGGCCAGGACACCACAGGAUGACAGUGACGACAAUGCCGUCGUCGACGAUACUUUGGAACGAGGUGAGAGCCAUGAACUGCACAGCGUACUGGCCAAUAAACGGUCCGGCGAAAGGGAAAGUGAGAACACCGGAGCGGGACAGGGAUCGAGCCAUCGUGAGCAGCGGAGGCCCGACGCAGGCAUGAGGAGGCGAAGCCACAGUUUCAUGCAAAGACCGGGAUAG